AUGCCGGAAGGCGACAAGGUUCAGCUCAAGUCCUCGCAGGGCGAGAUCUUCGAAGUGGAGCCUGAGGUGGCAUGCAUGUCCACCUUGGUGAAGAACAUGGUGGAAGACAGUGGCACUGAUGAGGAGAUCCCGUUGCCUAAUGUCAAGACGGCAAUCCUGUCCAAGGUGAUCGACUACUGCAAGUACCACAAGGACAAUCCACCUGAGGAGAUCCAGAAGCCUCUCAAGAGCACCAAUUUGGUUGAGUGUGGCGUGUCAGAGUGGGACAACGAGUAUGUGAACAUCGAACAAGAGGUCCUUUUCGAGCUGAUCCUUGCAGCCAACUACCUGGACAUCAAGAGCCUCCUCGACCUGACCUGUGCAAAGGUUGCAUCCAUGAUCAAGGGCAAGAACACUGAGGAAAUCCGCAAGCAGUUCAACAUCGUGAACGACUUCACGCCAGAGGAGGAGGCGCAGGUUCGAGAGGAAAACCGUUGGUGUGAAGAUGCUUGA